AUGGAGCCGACGGGGAAAGAGAAGAACUCCUAUCGAUCCAGAUUUAAAGACAACUUCGUGCCCACUCUCAACGAAGUGCAUCCCGAAAAAGGCGUCAUCGAGCCCGACGACAACUACGAGAACAUGCGGAACACCUUCGUGCCCUGGCUCCCUCCCCAGAGAAUCAGCUUCCACACGCUGCAGAACUGCGCGCCUUCGCUUCGCGGCUAUCGCCCCGUCAUUCUUCUCAAGCGCGUCCACCUCCCCGAUGAGUCGGCUUCCCUCAACCAUCUUCUUCGCUCCAUGUGCAAUCGGCUCUGCUACAAAGUCCAGCGCAUGCACCCUUGCUCUCUCCUCGGACUCGACGUCCAGCUCCGUCUCCCGGGAGAAGAUGUCGUGGAGAUUUGUCUCACCGCGCUGAUCGCCUACGACCCCGCGGAAAACAAGGCUCUCUCCAAAAUGGAGCAGCACCGCGAGUUUUCCUCCGAUUUCACGGGCUUCAUCGAAAUCGUGCAGCGAAGAACCGCGGACUACGCUCUGCGAAACGAGGCCAGCUCGGCAUUGCCCGCCCAGACGGGAAAUACCCCGCUGCCGCUCCUCGAAGUGGAGAAAACGCGGUCGUUCGCGUCGUCGCAGGAGGAUUUGUGUCUCCCGCCGAUUGAGACGGGAAAACCGCGGCCAUUCGCGCCGUCGUACGUGUUCAUCACGCCGCUGACGCGCGUGAACGGGUAUAGAGCGGUGAAAUACUGCGGGUUGGUGGUGCUGCACUUCAUUCGGGAGUGCGCGCAGACGUGGGAGACGGCGUCGAUGAACGACUACAAUCACAAGUUUAUUCUGGAAGUGAUGGCGGUGGUGAAGGCGCAUGUGCGAUGCAUUGGAGGCAAUGCGUUGCUGUCGUUCCGGAUUCUGCCGCAGGAGACGGCGGAGGAGGAUGUGGAGAAGGCGUAUAGCAUGAUUACGAUUUCGGGGGAUGCGGCAUUGUUGGAAGAGGAGUAG